AAGUUUGACAUUUAUGACGUCACCAGGAAGUAUUGGUAAACAGAAAUAAGACAUGGAAGAGGAUAAAAUGCACACAGAUUCCUCAUUUAAGAGUGCUACUCUUCAACUGAACACUAGUCAAGGUGACAAUACAGAGCCAGAGGUCCUUAUCAACACCGGGGCACGAAUAAAAAGACCGCUGUCGUUAAACGCUACGAAUGUCGGAGAUCUGAACAUGUCUGAUGCUGAAGCAAAAACUUAUUUCAGCAAAAGGGUUGGAUCAUUUGAAAAUGCUGUGGAAGACUGCAAAUCACUCUUAAAUUCUGGUGUUGAUGGGGACAUAGUGGGAGCUUGGUUACUUACAGAGAUUGACCACUGGGACAAUGAGAGAGAAAAGAUUGUGAUUCUUACCCAGAAUUCACUGAUAUCUGUGCGCUAUGAUUUCAUUGGCCUGAAAAUUUAUGACAGCAAGAAAGUUCUCUUACACAUGAUCACAAAGCUGCAGGAAGGACACUUCAUGUACCCUGAGAAAUCUGUCAUGGAGCCUCGUAAAUCUGUUGGAAUACGUGCAUCUUGGGGCAGGACUGAGACCCUGUCAUUCAGUCAAAAGUGGAACCCUUGGUCAUCAGCCAUCCCUUAUAUAACCUUUACACAUCACCCCCUGCACCACAAUGUGGAGGAUGUUGACAUCAUCACAUACAACGUAGACAACUUCUACAAGGCCUUUACACAACAGGUUCAGAACUGCCACUUGGAGAAGAAAACAGGAGUUUCCCCGACUGUUACAAAGGGAUCUCUGUUGAUCGAGUCGUAUGCAAGCUUGACUUCUAUGAUACAUAAUCAAAGCCACCUUGGAUUCUCUAGGGAGAGAGGUGGUGUUAGUUUCUAACUGUUUGAAAAAUGGACAAAACAAUGAUUCUAUACAAUGUAUAUUAUAUAUACAUGUAUACUGUAUGUUAUAUAUAUAUAUAUUGUCCUCAUUCAGAUUUGAAUGAUCAUUCUACGAGACAAUGUGAUUGGCCACCAUGAACAAAUUGAGUGAUGAACAAGUCAAGUUAUAAAGAUCUGGAAGUCAUGUAUUAGGGCCAGAGGUGUAUAUUUACUCCUGUAAACAGUUGUGAUGUUGUGAAGAAAUAGUGAAGAUAAAGCUUGUGUCUUAUGCCACAUUUUUAUAAAGUGCUAUUGU